GACGUAAUAUUUCUCAUAAGCACUAAACACGCUUGCACAGCAGCCGACGUAACCGCUUGAAUGUCUGCAGCCUUUCGUCACUUUUUUAUGUUCAUUCAUUAAUACUGUAGUUGUACAGUGCAAAAAGUACUGCUAAUCCAUAAGCGUCACUCGGAAGUGCCAAGAUAAAAGUGCUUCAUCCUUGUCACACAUGUUAGUGCUCACAACAACAAUCGUUGGUUGGUUAAGUUCUCCUAGAGGUGAAGCAGAUAGAAGGAGAACAACAUGUGGCCCCGGCUCAUUUUAAGGCAAUUUGUCCAAAUUGGAUCAAGCAAGCUCCUUAAUACUCCAAAAGGGUGUAUCUGGCCGGUUUCUCAGCAAUGUUGGCUAAGCAGUAAAGUGGAUUCCGAACAGUGGGUCAAACUGAACUUUAACGCAGAGCAACCAUAUACGCUCACUGAACAGCAAGUAUUUGAAAUCACUAAAGGAGACCAAAAAAAGGAAUUGCAACUGAAGGAGCUCUUACUGAGGCUAUACAUAAGACAUGAACGGGGCACUGAGUUACCCGAUGCAGUCAAGCUGGAAAGUUUUGAAAUCAUGCUUAAGGCGGGCAGCAAUCAACUGACAAGAAUGCUCAAGUACUUAUUAAGGAACCGCAGGUCAGACCAAAAGCUAUUACUCCAGAAACAAGAAAAUAAACUGAAGUUGGAAGAAGUUAGAAAAGAGCGAUUGGAAACAGUAACAGAAUCAUCGUGGUUGGACUAUAGUGUAGCCCACAAUUGUUUGUUUCUGAAAAUAUAUCAGAGGUCUACAGCUGCUGCAUAUAAUAUAAAUGCACUAAGGGGGCUGCAGUUUGGUCAAAAGAUAAUAUUUGACUGCUCAAUGGAGUCAUACAUGUGGGAAAAGGAACUUAAAAACACUGGUACACAGAUACUGCUCUGUUAUGAUUUUGGUCGCAGGCAAAGGCGUCCCUUUUCCCUCCACCUUUGUAAUUUAGACUUUAAUGGAAGAUUAGUGCAUUAUCUCAGAACACAACGCCCUGAUUUUUUCGAUCUCCCUAUUAGCUUACAUGAAGAUUCUUACUUGAAUCUGUUUGACAGGCGGAAGUUGAUAUUUAUUGACCAACGUGCCUCUAAAAGGUAUGUUUAUGAUCCAGAAGACAUUUACAUCCUCCGUGCACUUGUAGACAGACCUAGAACUGCACCAGGAGUUGACAAAAAAGCUGCAAAAGAGAAGAUACGAUAUGCAUCUCUGCCUAUUGAUAAAGUUAUUCAGUGGAAACCUAAAGCACACAAACACCUCUGUUUGGAUCAGUAUCAUAACAUUCUCUUGGAUGUGAAGGUAUCUGGAAACUGGUCAAAAGCAGUGGAGGCCCACAUGCCCAAGUCAAGAUAUGAGUCUAUCCGAAGUUCAACUAGGAACAGACAAGAAGAAUGAAUCCCUUGACUAACAGUGGCUGUAAAUUCUAUUUAGCUAAAAUAUAUAAAAAUU